CACCUGACAACUCGUUGCAACCUCCUGGUCACGUGUCAUCGUUCAAGUUUCAGAAAACCUUUUUUUCUUCUUCUGAAAACAGAGAUACCCUAUAUCCCGCCUCUUCUUCUCGUCUAUUGGUUGUAUUAGACAAUUGAAGCGCUCUGAUUGGCCAAACAGAAGCCAUGUCUCUCACGUCAGAACCAAACAACCCACCCUCCUUUAACUUGUUUAGGUGUAGUUGCUGUCGUCCAUGAACAAAACGUCAGGGUGCUUUGUAUUUUGGGGAAGCGAAAUGAAAGUUACCAAGGCGUUAGCUAUUAAGGAUGGACUGUAAAACACCCCCUGGCCUCAGAUAAAUCUCACAGUCCAAAAAUGGCUAGCUGAUUGCAGUCUAAGGGAUGCUGCCCCUGUCAGAUACAUAUGUGACAUAAAAUUGUGGAGGACAAAUGGUGCUGGUGUUAGCAGAAAUGUUAGAAAGCUAGAGAAACUAGUUUAGUUAUUAGUUGGUGAGGACGUUUAAUCAGGAGAGCAACGUUUUGCCACAGAUUUGACUUGUAGAAUUGUAAACUAAUUUGUCAUUGGCCUUGGUUCCAAGAAACCAUUUUGACAGAUAAUACAGCAGAUUAAAAAAUUUGGCUGAUGGAGUGCAAUGAGAGAGUGUUCUGUGGGGUAGGGGAGCUGGAGCUAGACCCCAACAUUGUGAGUGAAGAGGCGGGAAAACUGUACUCAGAACUACAGACAGUUAUGGAGACCCAUGGUGAAGGUGUGGUGGAGUCUCUGGUACCCAUAUUAGUAUGGGUCCUUGAGGGACUCGCUAGCUGCAAAGUCCAGCUGAGAGACAGGGAGGAGGAGGUGGAGAGGGAGAGAGCUGAGCGAGAAGAGCUUCUAGAGAGAUAUCUAGCAGAGAAAACACUGAGGAAAGAGAGUCAAGAGAAGUAUCUGGAGCUGGAUGACCAAAUCGAACAAGAGAGGAGAGUCAUAAAGGGAAGGGAAAGGGAGAGAGAACGAAGAGAGAGAGAGCUGGAGAAGAAAGCAAGAGCGCAAGCUGAUCAAUUGGUGGCCUUGGAGGACCAGAAGACAAAUCUGAACAGAGAACUGAGCACACUGAGGCAUGUUCACAACAAGUUGUCUCACACAUAUUGGGAACUUUUGGAAAAGAGAAAGGAUUCUGAAAGGGAUUCCCCUUUAAGGAAUCACAUGCUUCCUAAGAAUGCAGACUUUCCAUCCAAUCAAGUAUUGUCAGAAUCCAGUGUUAAUGAAAAGAUGAUUCAAAGACCACAUUCAAUCUCUGGUACCCCCUGUUUGGAAGAUCUUGUAGCCAAGGACAAAAAGCUGAUGGACACUGCAGCAGAUUCUGCUGAAGUUCAGUUUGUCAACUAUAUCAUAAAUUCCACUCCUGAACUGACACAUUUUCAUAGCUGUGUGGAUGCAAGCAGCACCCCAGUUAGAACUACCACAGAGGGGCUACCAGGAGAUGAGUUGGACAUCAGCUUGGAGCAUGAGAUGAAGGAGGUGGAGGAGAAGGAGGGAGAGGAGUUCAAAGUAGAAGAAAGGAAGGAAAAAGAUGAGGAGGUGGAGGAAGAUGAUCGUGUGGAGUGGGAGCUGCGCAACACUGACUCUGUGUUCUCUGAACUGUCAGAGCUGAGUCGAGAUUAUGUGGAGAGUGUAGACCGAGGUGCCAGUGUCAGAGGCAGUGCAGACCAGUUUGAGGAGAUUCUUUCUCAGUAUGAGGAACUGAAAGUCACCCAUGAGUUGGUAGAAGCUGCCCGCAAGGCUUUGAUAUCUCGAGUGGUAGAGCUGACUGAUGACCGUUCAGCUCUUAAACUGGAAGUGACCUCUCUUCAGGAAACAGUCUCACGAUUAGAGGGGCGGAUGAAGGAGAAGGAGGAGGAAACUAAGAGGCUUCGGAAAGAACUGGAAACGUACCAAUCUGAGAAUCCUGAUGCCUGUCUACCCUCGUCCAUGCGCCACUUUUCUCGCUCAGAAAUGGCUCGUGUGGUUAUGGAGAAGAAUCAAUAUAAACAACGCCUGUUUGAGCUGCAGGAGUCAAUAAGACAUAGCCAGACACUCAGAGCAACAAAGGAAGUGAAGUUAUCAGAGGAGAAACGGUCAAGUGUUUGGAGAAAGUUCAACCGCUUUUUUGGUUUGUCCAAAGAGCCCUUAAUCCCAACUCCUGCUUUUGCAUUCCACGUGCCAGCUCCUCCAGCACUUACUGACACUCCUCUGGGGUCUUCACAACUGCCAGCUGUCAGCCAGACUCCAAAUGAGUCUGCUUCUCCUGCCACUCUCACACCACGUGCCAGGAGGAGAGAACUCUACAGAGAAAUCCGAUCCCACAUUUGGGGAACUCUGGGAAAACGGCAAAUACAAGGGUGGAGUAUGCCACUGGGAAAUGCACAGGGUUCCCAUGAAUCUGUCCCAGAGCCUAAAGAUGUGCCUAUUCUGGUGCAGCUCAGACUGUUGGAUCAAAGAGACUCCACUGCUAAGCUUAGCUGUGCAGUUGCAGUCACAUCUGAAAUCUCUGGAGAGGCCACAUGCUCUGUGUGGGUAAUUUCUGGCCCUGCCUCCAGCAGUGAUAUUACAGUGAUCGAUCCAGCACGGUCUAACACGGUACUGGAUCAGUUCAGCCUCCCACCCACAGCUCCUGCACUCUGCAUCUGUGCUGUGCCUCCCAUAGGUGACACCCCAGGAACUGUGUGGAUUGGAACUCAGGAAGGAAGUAUACUGGUACACUCAGCCUCUGCUGGCAGGAGGCGUUGUCUGCAGUCUGUUUCCCUAUCGGAGGGUGUUCAUUCGCUCACGUAUUCCCAGGGUCAAGUCAUCGCUGGUUUAGCUGAUGGAACAUUAGUCUUUUUCAUGCACAAUCCAGGUGGCUGGAAUCUGCAGUCAUACUCAGGGAUGCCGCUUGGAUCAAACCCUUUGCAGCCUAUUCGCUGCUGCCUUGCAAAAGGUGGCCGCUUGUGGGUAGGAUACUGGAACAAAGUCCAUGUGGUUGACAUUAACAGUAAGAAGGUUGAGCAAAUAUUCUCAGUCUCUGAACACAGCGAGCAGCAGGUUCGUUUCCUUUGUGCUGGUGGAAGUGGUGUAUGGACAUCCUGUCGACUUGACCCAGUCCUCAAACUGUUUGACUGGUCCACUGGACGGCCGCUACAGGAAGUUGAUUUUACUGCAUUGGUUACUAAAACAUUAGGCCAGCCCUUCCUGACACUCUCACCUCUGCAGAUCUCCUCUCUCACAGUCAUCUCAAGCCGUCUGUGGGUGGGCACCGGAGGUGGCGCCAUUUUCUCCAUCCCAUUAUCCAUAACAUCAGAAGCUGUUUCCAUCCCGUACUGUUUGACUGCAUCAGCCCAGCUGUGCUACCACGGACACAGACAAGCUGUCAGAUUUAUCAUUGCUGCACCUGGUUGUUUGAUGACCUCUUCUGGCAGCCGCGCUGUUACUACAUCUCAGCUUAUCCUCAGUGGAGGAGAGGGCUACAUUAACUUCCGGAUUGGAGACGAUGCAAAUGAUGGAUCAGUUGAGUUAUCCCAAGGUACACCUCAGCGGUCUGAACGUAGUCACAUGAUCAUCUGGCAGAAUCCUACCCCCUCUGUACCCAGUCCUGCCCUCUGAUAUUGUUCAUCUCUGAAUGGGAUAAAGAUGAAGCAGGCAUCGACUGUACACCGGCAAAGCUUAACAACAAUGGCAAUGGUGCUAUCCUGGAACUAAAUGAACUGUUAUCUCAGUGUGGCAGCAAUAAAAGUAUCCUUUAAAAAUGAUGACGCAUACGGGUUCACUCAUGUUUACCUCAUUCAGGUUGUACAUCUGGGUAAUUUUGACUGGAUAGUCCUCAUGGAUGGACUGUGAGCCUCAAUCUGAAUGUAUGUGCUGUAUACUGGGUCAGAAAUUCAGCUGCCUUGUUGUUAAUAGACAAUUUUUAUCUGUGCACUAACAAUGCAUUCAGUUUAACUGACCUUCUACUCGCUGAUACAUGUAUCUGCUACUCUUGAACAUGGAAAGUUGUUAACAUCUUUAUUCCUCACCAGGCCUUUUCUGUCCUGCAAUUUUGACCAUAAAGUUAAACUAAUGUGGCUGCUCUUAAAGCUGCUGUGUACAGACUGUUAUGUUAUAUGUGAACUGAAGCGGGUAUUAGGUAUUAUCUCACAAAACAAUUACACAUCUCUUGUCUCCUUAUGCUGCAGUGAGAUUGGUGAUACCUUCUUUCAUGACAUGUAUUUACAUAGCCAUUUCUAACUUGAGAAUUAACUCAAAUUCUACUGUUCUACAUUGCGUUGUUGUAAUUACCAAUAACUGAACAUUAUAAAUAUGUCUAUAUAAAAAUACAUCUGCUAUCCCAUCUUCCUAAAUGAACAAUUCUAGAGACUGUGUAUGGAAUCUUUUUCCUCCCAUCAGUUCUUUGCUUGAUGACUUUCUUUGGAUGUCUUCAUUUAUUUAGUUUUAAUUGGAUUUCACUACUUUUUGUAAAAUAAGGGAGGGAAAUUUUUCAAGUGCUCUAGGCAGUAUUUAUUUGCUGUUACUGGUUUGUACACUCAUUAAUGUCAGUAGCUUCUUAUCUAAUUUGGAAAUACAAUUAAUACUUAAGUAUUGGUGUUCACAUUGUGCAGACAUGACUGUCAUUAAAAUGUCUUUCUUCAAUGGUUAAGUCUCAUUUUGAGUGGUACAGCGAUAAUCUGGUGCAGCAGCACAAACAGCAAAGUCCUAAGAUG